UGUCCCUCUUCCGCUGUCGUACGGUUACUGCGGCGGAUGUUGAUGUUUUGUUUCACAGCUCGCCGAAUGAUGUGAACUGUAUCGUCUCCGGGACGGGUUGAUAUAUUUUGUUUGUGAUUGUCCUCGCGGUUUUCUACUGUUCUCCCUGUAAGCUUUGUCUGUUCGUCGGCAUCGUGUCUCUCCCGGUGUCUCUCCCGGGAAGCGCGAGGCCGAGUCGUGCGAUGAUGGAGGACUUUGAUGAGAUCUACGAAGAGGAGGAGGAGGAAGAGGAGGACGAGGACAGGGCCGCGGAGGAGCAGCUCCUCAAGUACGCUCCGGACCCGGUGGUGGUGCGAGGGUCCGGCCACGUCACUGUGUUUGGGCUUAGUAACAAAUUCGAGUCAGAAUUUCCUUCUGCACUUACGGGAAAGGUAGCACCAGAGGAAUUCAAAGCCAGUAUCAACCGUGUGAACAGCUGCCUGAGGAAGACGCUGCCAGUGAAUGUGCGGUGGCUGCUGUGUGGCUGUCUCUGCUGCUGUUGCACACUGGGCUUCAGUUUGUGGCCUGUUAUCUGCCUCAGCAAGAGGAUCUCUCGCACACCCCCAUACUGGAUGUAA